AUGUCCAAUCGUUCUUUGCUGGUGACCGAGUUCAUCUUUGCUGGGUUUUCUGAACGGCCACAAUUGCGUGUGCUCCUCUUCGUCCUGGUUUUCUCCAUGUAUGUCAUGUCCCUUGCUGGAAAUACUAUCAUCACCACCGUGAUCAGGCUCAACCCAGUCCUUCAUACACCCAUGUACUUUUUCUUGACUAACCUCUCCCUCCUAGAAAUAUGCUACACCACCUCCAUUGUUCCUAAGAUGCUAGCGAGCUUGAUGUCAGAGCAUGGCAAGAAGAUCCCUCUCUGGGGUUGUGCAACCCAGAUGUAUUUCUUCACCUUGUUUGGAAUCACAGAAUGCUGUCUCCUUGCUGCCAUGGCCUAUGACCGCUAUGUGGCUAUCUGCAACCCCUUGCGUUAUAGCGUCAUCAUGAACCCAGCGGUCUGCGUCCAGUUCUCAGUGGCCUCCUGGUCCGUAGGAUUGGUGGUGGGGCUGGGUCAGACCAACUAUGUCUUCAGCUUGACCUUCUGUGGCCCCAAUAGGAUCAACCACUUCUUCUGUGACAUCCCCCCACUCUUGAUGCUGGCUUGUGGCGACACCUCCAGAAACGUAAUUGCUGUAUAUAUGGUGGCUGUCCUUUUUAUCACCACGCCUUUCCUGCUGAUCCUGACCUCUUAUGUCUACAUUGUUAUCUCAGUUUUGAAGAUCCCAUCAGCUGAGGGCCGUCGGAAAGCUUUCUCCACCUGUUCCUCUCAUCUCAUUGUGGUCUCGCUCUUUUAUGGGUCAGGCAUCAUCACGUACCUUCGGCCCAAAUCCAGCUAUUCAGCGGAGAGUGACAAACUGUUGGCCCUGUUCUAUACAGUGGUGACAUCUAUGUUGAACCCCAUAAUCUACAGUUUGAGGAACAAAGAGGUUAAAGUGGCUUUGAGAAGAAUGAUGGAGCUGAAGAAG